GAUCACUAUUUCGAAGCCCUUUCUGACGGGCGACGAACCUCCCACCCCUAAUGGUCUUUAACGACCCCCUCUCUUGCUCAGUGGGAGCACAACCGAGAUAGCAGAACUUGUAACUCUGGAUUUUUGGAAUUUUGGAAAGACAUUAAUCAAUUCACUGUUAUUUGACCCGAUGUGUUUCACUAUGCGGAAACGACCGACCGAUGCGAUCCCGAGGCACACCAACUCGAUGCGUCGCCGCCUUACCUUGAAUGCCGAACUUGGAACCAAUUCGAUUAAGGCUCUUAAACGAGCAAUUGCCUUGGCUUCUUUUGUCGCGCCGACCGUCGUACAUUUCCAAGGUGGAAAGGAGGUUUACCUUAGCGCUGCCAUCCAACGACAUUUCCGAAAAUUAUACGAUUCAAUACGUCGAGGAGAACCGACCCUAUCCCGUGUUGCGUUUGCGAACUUCCUCGAGGGUGUACAAGGCGAUACUAAUCCGACAUUAGAGGCUUUAACAGAAGAAAGGUAUAAUUUUGAGAGAUUUCUUGAAGUAUGGUGGCUCCAGUUUAGCCUUGAAGCAGAGAAGCCCGCGUCCCCUGAAAUCAAGGACCUAUCGAAACCUAUUAGCAACUAUUUCAUUAGCAGUAGCCACAACACAUAUUUAUCUGGUAAUCAAUUGGCCGGCCGAAGUACAGCAGACGCAUACAGGCGCGUCUUGAGAAGAGGAUGUCGAUGUAUAGAGAUUGAUGUGUGGAAUGGCGAUUCACAAAGCUCGACGCCGGACCAUCCACGAGAUGCAUCUUUGAAACCGGUUUCGAGAUUCGAACACGUUCGUCACCUUUCCGGCGGAAGUUUGCAUACUGCAGCUGCUCAUCUUAAGGGAACGGUAGAGGAGACAAUCGAGAAGACGCGACAAAAGCUAGGUGUUGAGAAAGUCCACAGCCACAGUCCUAGAUGCAGCAAAUCUGAAUUAUCACCACCACCCUUUAGUCGUGAGAUCGGUGGUAGCCUCGAUCCCGCUGCUCUCUCUCGUGAGCUCGAAGGGGAACGUUCGUCCUUACGGUCCAGACCAUCAUUACCCCCAGAUGAACCAAUUGUGAUGCAUGGCUAUACAUUCACUGCACCUGUCGGGUUCCGUGAAGUGUGCAGAGCAAUUCGCGAAGUUGGCUUCGAGACAAACAGCUUACCCAUCAUUGUGAGCCUAGAAGUACAUGCCGACCAAGAGCAACAGGAAGCUAUGGUAAAGAUCAUGAAGGAGGAGUGGGCGGGCGUGUUGAUCGACAAGCAUCACGAAACCUGUCCAAACGGCGUGAUGCCAAAGUUAGAGGAAUUGCGCAACAAGAUACUCAUCAAAGUCAAAAAGGCAUCUUCAUCGUUAGAUCCGGGAACCAUGUCAACGUUGGCUCCGAACCAGACAAUUGACGACGAGGCAUCUGGAUCAGAAGACGAUAGGCCUGUCCUCCCCAACGGCGCAAAAAAGCCAAAAGUGCCUAUAUGCGAAAGUCUAAGCUCUCUUGCUAUAUACACCCACAGCGAGCACUUUACGAACUUCGAGUCGCCUGCUGCCAAAAGUCCUUCGCACAUCUUCUCAAUAAGCGAGAAUAAGAUAUUAGAGCUCGUGGUUUCAAAACACCAUGAGCUAUUUUCCCAUAAUCGCCAUUAUUUCAUGCGUGCUUAUCCCAAGGGCCUCCGUUGGGACUCAUCUAAUCCCGACCCCACACAAUUUUGGCGCAAAGGUGUACAGAUGGUGGCUAUGAAUUGGCAAUCUUGGGAUGAGGGCAUGAUGCUCAACGAAGCUAUGUUUUCGGGUGAACACGGAUGGGUGCUAAAGCCACCGGGUUAUCGCAGCGAAGACGUGUGGCCGGGUCAGGAGGCUGAUCUUCCUCACCACACUUCCCUGGAUCUCAUGAUUACGAUACUCGCCGGCCAGCAUAUUCCACUACCCGAGGGUAUUGAUAGCAGCAACUCUAGAUCCUUGAGGCCUCUGGUGAAGUGUGAAUUACAUGUUGAAAAAGCGGAAGAACGACUUGGAUCGUUCCUUGAAGGAACCAGUAAAGCGCGGGAAUGCGACUAUAAGCAGAAAACUGCGGCUGGAAAGUCGGAUCACCCAGACUUCAGUUCUGUCAAAAACGAUCUUCAAUUCAUGGGUGUCCAAAAGGUCAUUGAAGAGCUCAGCUUUGUCAGGUUCAAAGUCGAAGACGAUGCGCCGCGGCUCGUAUCACUCCGCGACCCUUCCGCUGGCUGGGCAUGCAUCCGUCUUGAUCGAUUAGCGACGGGUUACCGCUUUGUUCGCCUUUUCGACGCUAGUGGAAACAAGACCCAGGGAGUUCUCCUCAUCCGUGUAGUUAAAAACUUCCAUCGUUGACCCCGUUUCGCGUGGAUGAGCGAAGUCGGAGGUUAUAGCCAAACAGUCGUGCUCAGCACUGACGGGCGGGUUAUAAGCCUGGCGGCUCACGGCCGCUGGCCGCGUGCGACCGCAUCACCAAAGACCACGAGUCAUAUUUUUCCUUUCUCUCACAACAUCCCGUUGCUCUAUUCCCGAGCCC